UACUCCGCUGCUAACGCUGACGUCCACUUCUGCGGGAAAAUGGCGUCGUUGACAGGAGUCGUGCAGACGAACCGCCCCGGUUCUGUAUCACCGUCCAAAAAGCGAACCGUUACGAUGACCCAGACGAGGUUUAUCCUGUCGGUCAACAAUGUCCUGUUAGUCCUGUCGCUAGCCUCCAUGCUGCAUUGUGCUGCGGCUGACGGGAAGACGCUGGUGCUGCUGGACAACUUCAACAUCAGAGACACCCAUUCAAUGUUCUUCCGCAGUCUGGCAGAUCGUGGCUUUGACCUCACAAUCAAGACCGCCGAUGAUCCCUCCCUAUCUCUGAUCAAAUAUGGCCAGUUCCUGUACGACCAUUUAAUCAUCUUCGCACCAUCAGUUGAGGACUUUGGAGGAAAUAUAAACGUGGAGACUAUUACAGCCUUCAUCGAUGGUGGAGGAAACGUCCUGGUUGCUGCCAAUUCAGAUAUUGGUGACCCUCUGAGGGAGCUGGGCAGUGAGUGUGGCAUUGAGUUUGAUGAGGAGAAAACUUCUGUCAUUGACCAUCACAACUAUGAUGCGUCUGAUCCUGGAGAGCACACCCUGAUUGUCGCUAGCCCCGAGAACCUGCUGAAAGCUCCCACUAUUGUCGGCAAACCCACUGGAAAACCAGUUUUGUUCAAGGGUGUUGGCAUGGUGGCAGACCCAGAGAACCCUCUUGUCCUGGACAUCCUGACUGGCUCCUCCACCGCUUACUCCUUUUUCCCUGACAGACCCAUCUCUCAGUAUCCCCAUGCUGUCGGCAAGAACACCCUGCUGAUCGCUGGCCUUCAGGCCAGAAACAAUGCCAGAGUGGUUUUCAGUGGCUCUCUGGACUUCUUUAGCGAUGCAUUCUUCAACUCUGCUGUGCAGAAGGCCACGCCUGGCUCCCAGAGGUAUGAACAAACCGGGAACAUGGAACUGGCUGAGGCUCUGUCCCGUUGGGUGUUUAAGGAGGCCGGUGUACUCAGGGUGGGAGCUGUUACCCAUCAUCCUGUGGGAGAGAUCAGUCCCCCUGCAGCGUACACCAUCACUGACCUUGUGGAGUACAGCAUCGUCAUUGAGAUGUUGGCCGAGGGCCGCUGGGUCCCCUUUGACGGAGAGGACAUUCAGCUCGAGUUUGUGAGGAUCGAUCCCUUCGUCAGGACUUACCUCAAGAAAAAUGGAGGUAAAUACACCAUCAAGUUCACGUUGCCUGAUGUAUAUGGAGUCUUCCAGUUCAAGGUGGACUACAACCGACUGGGAUUCACACACCUCUACUCCUCCACCCAGGUAUCAGUGCGUCCACUGCAGCACACUCAGUACGAGCGCUUCAUCCCCUCAGCCUUCCCAUACUACGCCAGCGUCUUCUCCAUGAUGAUUGGCCUCUUUGUCUUCAGCAUAGUCUUCCUGCACAUGAAAGAGAAGGAAAAAUCUGACUAAUGCAGAGAAACCAUGGGGGAAGGGGAAAAAACGAGAUUAUAAAUUUGAACAUGUGGUGUGAAGAAUUGAAAUUGAAUGUCUUGGUGGCUUGAAUCCUCACACAGGGACUUGGACUGCAGUCCUGUGCUAAAAAUACAGUUUCUGUUCACUUGUUGGAGCUCUCAACUAAAGGCAAAAGGGGAUACUUUUUUCUAUUUUUUUUUUUUUUUUUAUCUUUCUGCUUUGACCCAUUAUAUGUUCAGAAGUCAGUCGGUGUUUGAAUAAAGUUGCUUUAUGUUAGGAUUAGCUCCCAAGUAGAGCUCUUGCCUCAGAACAGAAGUCCAUAUUACAAUUUGACCAACAUUUUCGAAGACAGGAAAUAUUAUUGUGGUAACUACAUGCACUGAAUAUGCCAACUUUUUUUUUUAAUGACUUUUAAUGUGUUUCCAAAAAAUGCUGGAGUCAUCCUAAUAAAAUACUGACAUUCCACUCAGUAGAAACCCCUGCCA